AUGGUGAUACUGAGACGCCAAGUAGACACCACCCCCGGUUGCGCAGAGGGCGAAGGCGAAGAAUGGCCAGACGAGGUGACAGAAUUCCGUGAGAAUCGACAAAAUGGACGACAGAUGGGUACACAACAAAACCAGCACCGCCUACAUUUCGCGACGGAACCUUCUCUCCACGAAAGACGAGUAUACCGUCAUUCACCUGUCGCUCCUUCUGCACUUGGUCUCCUGCAGAUCAAUCAUCAAUCAGUGAAAUUUGAUACGCUCUGCAGCUUCGGAAACGGCAUGCAGGUCAGCGUCUGUGGACACCGUUCUCGCGUCUGA